UGACUCGUCACCUGAUCUAGUCUUGUAAAACUGAGAAGAUUCGCGGUUUGCUUUGAGGAUCAAGUUUAGGCGAUGGACAGGAUAUCUGCCGACUUGGCGAUCUGAAGAAACCUCCGACAAUGCUGGGAGAAUCUUCUGUUCUCCUGUGGAGAUGAAACGUUGGGUAAAGUAGUUGGCUCAUAGAAACUAAGGGAGCAGAGAUCACAAUCUGAAGGAACGAGCUCGAAGCCUGUUGAUUCAAUCGUUGACGUAGCCAGGAUUUGAUCGACCGGUUCGGAUGCUCUACAGGGUAGAAAGCGGCAAAGCGGAGACCGGUGCAACACCGGAACGAGCUGGCCCAGCCUGGAACUGGCGUUUGACCGAUUGUGGGAUCCACUCGGACAAUGCGGGGGGCACGUCAGUCGCACUGACAAACUAUCCGCUGCCCGCAAUGAUGAGCCUUUUGGGUGCAAGAUAUCUUUCAUGGAGGUGUUUCUUCUUGUGAGGAGCACAGUUCAAGACGCUUGAAACAAUCGGAGUCUAUGGCGCGUUUGCAGAUCUAAAAAGAGGCGCAAAAUGAAGUCAAGGAUCCUUGCCUCCUUGACGACCACUCUUGACCCACUGGAUGGAAUCUGCUCUGGAAAUAACUCAGAUCCGAUCAAGGUGCAUAUCUUUGUGACCGCCACAGCCCAGAUCCAUUUUAACCCGGAGGGUCCGCGACAGCCCAGGUCCAUUUUAAGACGAGAUUUGUGAUCGGAUGAUACCGAAUCAAUGCUUCUUUCUCUUCCCUCCUCGUGCACUCCCGCUCAAUCGCAAAAUGACCCUCCCCUCCGCGUCACCGCCGGCCCGCCUACCAGCUAAAGAUAGUCUCUGUGCCCCUGGGCAUUUGUGCGAGAUGCGGGCACGGUGCCUGUUGACUCCAUUAGCCUGACAACAUCGUCAGCAGGACCUAGAUGUCGACACGGUACAAAAGGUCGGCAGACUGAGCAGGACGAGCAUCGACUCAACAACUCAAUCCUUCUUCUCUCAAUACCAGCAAUGCCUUCCUUCUCCAGUCUCCUCAGCUUUGUCGUGCUCGCCGCGAUUGUCUCGGCCGCUCCUUCGCAGACCGACACCGCCAAGCGCGCCACCUGCACGGUGAACAGCGUCGCCAGCGCGUCGAAUCUGUCGAGCUGCACGGACGUUGUGAUCGAGGCGUUCACUGUGCCCGCCGGCAAGACGAUCACGAUCGCGGCAGCCAGUGGUGCGACCGUCACCAUGAACGGCGACAUCACGUUCGCAAAGACCACCGUGAGCGGGCCGCUCAUCACGUUCAAAACGCAGAACAUCAACUUCAACGGCGGGAACCACCGCAUCGACGGCAACGGCGCUCUGUACUGGGAUGGACAAGGCACGAACGGAGGAUCGUUCAAGCCCCAUCCUUUCGUCAAAUUCCAAGGCGACGGCACGUUCUCCUCGGUCACCGUUCUGAACUCGCCAGCCCAGGCGGUCUCGGUCGGCACCACGGGCAAGUCGACGAUCCAGCAAGUCACGAUCGACAACUCUGCCGGCAACGCCAAGGGCCACAACACCGACGGAUUCGACAUCAGCGCGUCGGACGUGACGAUCACCAACAGCAAGGUGAUGAACCAGGACGACUGCGUCGCCGUCAACUCGGGCGACAGCGUGACGAUCGAGAGCACGACCUGCACGGGUGGCCACGGGAUCUCGAUUGGCUCGAUCGCGUCGGGCAAGUCGGUGACGAACUUCCGUGCGACGGGGAACACGGUCAGCAACAGCAAGUACGGGCUGCGGAUCAAGGUCGACGCGAACGCGUCUGGUGCGAAGGUGUCUGGUGUGACGUACUCUGGCAACACUCUGUCCGGCAUCAGCGACUACGGGAUCCUGAUCUCGCAGAGCUACCCGACCGAGGACGGCACCACUGUCGGCACCGGCGGUCCCAUCUCGAACGUUGCGUUCAACGGCGCGAAGACGACUCUUGCCGUCGACUCUGGGGCAUACUCCGUGGUUGUGAACUGCGGUGCGUGCUCUGGCACGUGGGACUGGUCCGGGCUCGACGUGACCUCCGCUGGCAAAGGCCACAAGCUGUCCGUGAACCAGGCAAAGAUCUCGGGUGGUACCUACUAGUUCACUUCUCAGUCUUAGAAACCUGUUUCUGCUCUCAUCACCUCUCCGUAGACUAAUGUCCCAUGCUACUAUUCGUAUCUUCAUCCCUUAGACUCUUUGAAACAUUGCAGGAAUGCACAUCUAUACUUAACAGUCCCUCACCGGUGAAGGUGUGAUUCCUGGAGGCCGACGGCUCAGAAUUCGCCGGACAGUAAUGCUUGCACUCCGAGAGCAUCGAUGAUUAACAGGUCAAAAGUAGCUGCGAUAUUCAAGAAUCCGUGGGUGAUAAUGUCCGUCCGUCCGCUAGAGAAAAAAGAGAGUGCAGCCGGUGGCCCAGUGUUUCUUCCUCCCUGUCACCUCCGACCUCGCCGCCUCUGUCCGGGCUCGUGCGCAACAGGCACACAAAGGGUCGUCCCCGGCAUGAGGUGCUCGCACUCGACAUCCGUGUUGAUUUUCCGCAGAUCCUCCAGCGAGCACGAGUGCGUCUUGGCGAUCUGCCAGCACGUAUCGCCCGGCUCGACGAGGUAUGGCGUUGCGGCCCUGCCGUAUUGCACGCACGGGCUCAAGGGGGGUUCCAGCCCCGGAGAGAGGAUGAGGCGCCACACGAGGAGCAGCACGACGCCGAUGAUGAGGAAGAACGGGAAGAGGGUGCGGUAGGGGAAUGCGGUGCUACUGGCGAACGCGUGCUCGCCGUU